CUAUUUAUGAGUUAGAGCAGUCUAAAUCAUCAGUCUGAGACAAAAGAUGAGUAGUUAAUAAGAAAUUUUUAGGUUUAAAUACCCAAUAAGACUUCUCUUUUAAUUCCAUUUUCAGCCAUAGUUUCUCUGGCUCUCUCUUUUUCUCUCUCUCAAUCAGUUCUUAGCCUAUAGAAUUGUUUUUCUUUUUGUUUGUUAAAAUUCGAAGAAAUAAAGUGUAAUUAAAAUAUAUGAUAAUGGCAGAGCUUAUGUCUCCUUGUUCUUCUACAUCUGUGUCUGUUAGUCAAGAAAUAGCCAUGAUGACACUCCAACAACGGCUCCAGUUCAUAGUCCAAACCCGACCCGAAUGGUGGGUGUACUCUAUCUUCUGGCAAGCUUACAAAGACGACAACAACGGCGUCGUUUUAUCCUGGAGCGACGGCCAUUUCCGCGGCCUAAAAAGCAAAAGCAGCGGCGGAAGCCAAAAAGACGAGGCGACCACGUUCGGGUUCGAUUUCGAGAUCAUGACGAGGAAGAAAGAUAGUCCGCAUACCAUUCCUGCUUUCCCCGAAGAAGAAGAAGUUAUGGAUGUUGACGGAGGCGGCGGCGGCACUGACAUCGGGUGGUUCUACACGAUGUCGAUCGCUCGCCAGUUCGCCGCCGGAAUCCUUUGCCGAGCUUUCACCACCGAGGAGUACAUUUGGCUCAGCGGUAGCCAGAGUUUUCAGUUCUUCGGUUGCGACCGUGCUAAGGAGGCUCGCAUGCAUGGUGUCCAAACCCUUGUUUGCAUCGCCACUCCUAGUGGGGUGCUCGAACUUGGCUCUUCUGAUCUAAUCAAGGAAGAUUGGAGUUUGGUACAGUUGAUCAAAUCCCUAUUUGGUAGCAACAAUAAUUGUAAUAGUAUGGUACGGAGGAUCCAUGGUAAUCAUCAUAACGAUCACAAUCAUCAUCAUAAUCAGGCCCCAAUCUCGGUUAGGAAUAUUCCAUUUCUCGACACGGGAGUCCCUUCUUCCCCUUCCGGCGCUAAAACCGAGUCAACUCAUCUAUUGUUACAAAAGCAAACAGAAGCUUUUGCAGCCAUGAAUAAUGGUACUGGUACGGGGACCGGAUCUGGAUCUUCAUCGGACUCGGGGCGUUAUGAUUCAGAUGCACAUUGUGCUCCUUCCAACAGUGCUGGCGGCCGAGGACACUGUGGCGGAAGUCGCAGCAGCCAGUUUCCGAAGAAGAGAGGGAGAAAACCUGUGGCGAUAGAUCAAUCGCCGAUGCCUGUUAACCAUGUCGAAGCGGAGAGGCAACGCCGGGAGAAGCUUAACCACAGAUUCUACGCUCUUCGAUCUGUGGUCCCAAACGUAUCGAAGAUGGACAAGGCUUCUCUGCUCGCUGACGCGGUCGUCUACAUCAACGAGCUCAAGGCAAAGGUUGAAGAACUCGAAGCCAAAUUAGUACUCGAAACUCAGUCCAACAAGUACCACCACACCAUGAGGCCGAAGAAGAACACUUUAGGUUGUCUGAAUAACAGUUCUAGUACUAGUAACACUAACAACACUACAAAUAAGAUCGACUACUAUAGCAGCAAACUUAGCUCGAGUGUAGAGCAAAACAGACAAAUUUCGAGUUAUGGAUCCAUGGCGGUUGCUGGUGGUGUAGGAGUAGCAGGGGUCAAUUACAAUAUCGAUGUUGAUGUGAAGAUGUUGGGGUCUGUAGUGAUGAUUAGGGUUCAGUCCCCAGAUGUGAAUUACCCUUCGGCUAGGUUGAUGAAUGCUCUUAGAGACCUCGAGUUUCAGAUCAUUCAUGUCAGUAUAUCGAGCGUGAAGGAGCUCUUGUUUCAAGAUGUUCUGGUAAGAGUUGUUCCUGAUCGAUUGUCAAGUGACGAGGCUAUUCGAUCAGCUAUAGUUCGAAUAAUGCAGAGUAGUUGAUGAUGAUUAUCAUGAUCAUGAUGACGAACUCAAAUGUAAUUUCUAUUAUUAUUAAUUAUCGCUUUUGUUUAUCUUAGAUAUAUAUUCUGUCACAUUCUUGUGACGAGUCUGUUAUUGCAAAAUUAAAUGUACCACAGUUAUUUAAUGUGUGUACUUUCUUGUCGUUUGUCUGUGAUCGGUCUAUUCUAAGAUAUAAAUAUAUAAUUGGCUCUA